AAAUUUUUGUUUUUUCCAUUUAAUUCACUUCUCCAAAAGGAGCUUAUGUUCAUCUAGUUUGCCUAACCCAAAUACCGUGCAUGUUUAGAGCUCAAGAAUUUGCGUCAAUGGAGAUCCUUGCUAUGCAUCUCAGCGAAAUUCAGAUCAGAUUUUCUAGUUCCUUCUCCCAAAUAUUAGAAAGCAAGAAAAUUUCUGGAAUAAUAAGAAUUAAAUUGAAUUGAAUUGAAUUGAAUUCUCACGGGGAAAAAAUUAAGGCGAGCGUUUAUGAUUUAUCGCAUGUCAGCCGUAAAUGCGCGAACCAAAUUGAAACCGUUGCCCGUUGGGAUUUUCGUCCCACCUUCCCAAAACCCUAGAUAUAGAGAGAUACUAUUCGACUUGCAUAAUUUGUGAAUAAUGGAAUUGGUACCGAGAGGAUGGAAUGAACUGGGAGUUUCCAAUAUUAUCUAUGAAGAAGGAGAAGAUGAUGAUUCAUCCUCCAUUCCUUCUCUCUCACCGGAUUCCACCGCAUCUUCUACCCCUGAAAAUAGACGAGUAAAAGCUUGGUCGUUGGCUACUUGCCGUGAACCAGAUGUAAUUAUACACAUCCAGGAUUCGUGUUUCCCGCUUCAUAAGGAUCGUUUGAUGGCAAGGAGUGGCUAUUUGGAACGGCAGCUGAAAGAAUUUUCAGAAGCAACCUUCUCCCUCGGGUUAAAUAUAACAGCCGAGACAUUUUCUUUGGUUACAAACUUCUGUUAUGGUUCCCAUAUUUCCAUAACUCCGUUUAAUGUUGCCUCGCUUUUAAUAGCUGCAAAGUUGCUGGAUAUGUCAGAAACUAGAGGACUGAGAGACGAGAACUUGUGUCAGAAAACAGAAAACUAUUUUCGUCUUGUUGUCACUGUUAACCUGGAGUAUAUCUCCAUUGUAUUGCAGUCCUGUUUUUCACUGCUUCCAGAGGUUGAAACAACAGCUUGUCUUGUUAGUAGAUGCAUUGAGGCCUUAAGUUCGAUGGGAGAUGUAGAAGCCGUUACAAGUUGUUUACAUGAUGUUAAGAAACUUUGUUUGGAGGAUUUUCAACUAAUUUUGAAGUCAACAAGUCAACGGUUGAUCGAAUGUCAUGAUCUUCUAUAUGUAAUCAUUGACCUUUACCUCAAGGAACACAAUUUUAAAAUGACAGAGGACCAGAAAACCGAAAUGUGUAUCUAUGUAGACUGCAGCACCUUGUCCCCCAAGGUUAUCAUCCAUGCUAUACAAAAUCCUAGAAUGCCACUGAGGUUUGUUGUACAUGCCAUGUUUGUCGAGCAACUGAACACUCGGCGCUUCAUCAUCUCUGCUGUUGAACACCAAGAUUACAAACAUCAAACUGAAGAUCCUGUGACACUUGGAUCGAUUCUCAAGCGCGAUGCAGCUCUGCAUCGAGUGGCAGAGCUCAAGGCACUGAUGUAUUCCUCAAAUUCACGUGUUCAGUGCUUGGAGAAAGAGCUGUGUGGCAUGAGGAAACUUUUGAAUGAAUCGGGAAAUAUUACCAAUAGGACUGAUUUGGGGAGGUCUGCAAGUUUCCAUUUAAGCUCAGAGAAUAAGAUAGAAAGGGGGCAGAUUGGUUCGAUUUCUUCCAUUAAUCUUCGUAAUGUGACAAAUAGUGUUGGUGUAGGAUAUUCUUCCUCCCAAGAAUCACUUAAUGGAAAAACAAGGAUCGAAAUGAAUUUUCGUCAAAGAUUCAUGAAGAGGUUGAAGAGUGUUUUUCGGGCACCAAUAUUAGCGAAGAAAAAGUGAUAGAAAUAGAAGGAAAAAAAAAAAAAAGUUAGUUUAGAAGUGUUAUUUUUUGAGCAAGUAGCUUUUUGGGGGUUUGAUUUGUUCCUAAUCAUCUUAUCUCCAUGUGGUAGCCAAAGAAAUAAUCUUUAGUUUAUUUCAAUUAACGAAGUAGUUUGAAUAAAAAUUGAUGAAAUGUAAGAAUGAAAAUUUGAAAAAGUUGUG